AUGGCUUCGACGCCAAUGGAUUUGGACCAACGCGAGUCUACACCAGCCAACGGCAUCUCGUUGAAUAUCACCCGUUCCUUAGCAACAAGCAACACAUCACAAUUAAGUGAUGUUGUCUCAACAUUCCGCCCGACGAAGCUUUUCAAAAGAGACGACAUAAAAGACGGCCGACCACAGCCCCAUGUUCUCUCACUCGACUUUGACGAUCCAGGCGAGCUCCUAAUGACGUCUGAAAGCGAUGAAACCAUUCAAAUUUACAAUGUCAAGGAGGGACGGCACGACAAGAGCCUCUUGAGCAAGAAGUACGGCGUUAAGUUGGCGAAAUUUACACACACAAGCUCAAGCAUUCUUUAUGCGAGUACGAAACAGAACGACCAGAUUCGAUACCUGGCUACCCACGACAACUCAUUUAUACGAUAUUUUGAGGGCCAUGAAAAGAGUGUAACGGAUAUUGCCGUGCACCCAGGUGCCGACAAUUUUAUAUCAUGCAGUCAAGACAACACCGUGCGCCUUUGGAACGUCUCUACCAAGCAAUGGUGCGGUCAGCUGUUUCUCAGCACGCCGUAUCUCGCAGCAUAUGAUCCAUCAGGACAAAUCUUUGCAGUUGCCUCUUCUAGUAGUGGAAGUGUGUUGUUGUAUGACUGUCGCAACUACGACAAGGCACCCUUCGCAACCUUUGACCUAGUUGACGUGGGCAGGCACGUGGACCCCCAAUUCGUAGUCAGGGGCUGGACAAAGUUGGAGUUCUCGAACGACGGAAAACACAUUCUCGUUGGCACACGUGGCAGCGGCCACUUUCUCCUGGAUGCUUUUGACGGGAGCUUGAAGGCGUAUCUUCUCAAGCCAGAGGGCGGCACUCGGCGAUUGGCUGCGGGUGAGGCGUCAAGCACGCACUACAAUGGGGUAAGCCGAACAGAUGCACCAACAGUGGAGAGCAGCGGCGAUUGCUGCUUCUCGGUGGAUGGCCGCUAUGUGCUCAGCGGGACUAAGAAAGAUGUUUUGGUUUGGGAUGUCCUAACGGCUCCGAACGAAACCAAAACACUGAAUCCCAGCUGGAUCUUGGAGGACAAGCGUGAGGCAGCAGUACUGGCAUUUAACCCGCGAUACAAUUUCUUUGCGACUGCUGACCGGGAGGUCGUCUUCUGGUUACCCGACCCGCAUGCAUAG